CAUGAGAAAUAUCAUGAGGUUGUAACAGCACCACCUGCAGGUCUGGAGAGCUCACACGCCCCAAAUAAUUCAACACCACAGUGUGUGUUAGAGCGUGUGAAGGUUUGUGUCUCUCUCACAGUGAGACGUCUCUGAGAUCAGACAUGAGCUGCUUCAGUAUCAGUCACAUUUUCACUCUCUGAAUCAUAACAAUCACAUCAUCAAUAACAUUUCCAUGCCAUCAUUUUUUACAGCGGGUCCAGUUGAAUUAGGUAGAAAAUAAUUCUCACCACAGUUCACAGGAAGUCAGGUGCAUUCAUUAGUUCAUCUCAAUUAAAAUGAUGUUCUUUUCAGUCAUUCUGGAUUAAACACGAGGAAGGUUGUUAAAGUCCUGUGUGGUUGUGUGACUGUUUUUCUUUGACACCAAACUGAUUCAGUAUCGAAUAUAACGUUACGCUCUGUCAGGUGGGAGAGUGAAGACCAGAUAAGAGAAUGUCUUCUCCCUUCAUCUCCAGUCUCACAGAUACUUUCUUUCAGAAAUGUAUCCUCCAGGUGAAGUUCUUCUCCAGACUCCUCUUUUGUUCUUCAGUCUGACUCGAGGGUGUAUAUUAGUUUCUGCUCAGCACUGCUCUCCAGCAUUCACUCUGGAGUCACCAUGGCGACCACAAUGCUGGGACUUCUGGGAGUUUUUCUCUUUAUUUUUACCACAAACACACAACUACAAGUGUCGGCCGACUUCAACAUCAGCAAGGUGGAAGGAAAGUGGUACCAGACAGGUGUAGCCACCAACGCCAAGUGGUUCACAGACAGUAAAUGGAUGAAGAAGGUGUCUGUCGCUAUCCUGACUCCCACUGCUAACGGAGACGUGAACAUGAACGGCUCAGUGAUCCUGACUGAGAACAGUAAAGACACAUCCUGUCUGAGGUUUAAUCUUUUUCUGAAGAAAACCAAAACCACAGGAAAAUUUAUCCUCUACAACACCCGUUUCCAGACUAGGAAUGAUUUGUAUGCGUUUUGGAUGUGAAGUAUGAUGAAUACA